UUAUGAAUAUAUGGCAGCUAAUUUGAAAAUUUGUAGCGUAAUUUUUUUAGCUGUCGUGGUGCUCAACGAGCAAGAAACAAAUGGGGCAUUAUCAGCAAGGACAUGGAGAAAGAUCUAUAACGCCAACAGGAAUGGACCUUACUUGGGGCUGGUGAUUCCAAACCUAUUUGAAAUGAAUCCUCUUCUUCAAUCGCCAAGCUUCACGUCCAGUAAUUUAACAUUAGAUUUUGAUGGUAGGAGAUUUCGGUUUGGAACGAUAGGCGAAAAGAAAGUCAUAUUAGCCAUGACAGGACUUGGCGUGAUAAAUGCGGGGAUAACUACACAGCUUUUGUUGAGCCUUUUCAAGGUAGAGGGAGUCGUGCAUUGUGGCAUUGCUGGAAAUGCGAACCCAUCCCUCAACAUAGGUGAUGUAACCAUUCCUCAGUAUUGGUCGCAUACCGGUCUUUGGAGCUGGCAGAGGUACGGGCAAGGGCCUAAAGAUGAACUACCCCUCGAGUCAGAUGGAGACUACCCAAAGAAAAUUGCGUACUUGAAGUUUGCAAAUUAUACUGUAAAUGCCGCUCAUGUUGCCUCAUAUGACAACCUCCUGAACAACAUUUGGUUCGAAGCCGAGGAAGUUUACCCCAUUGAUGAGACUCCUGAGGAGAGGCAGCAUACCUUUUGGGUCGCCGUUGAUCCCCACUACUUCAAUAUCUCCAAAAAGCUUGAGGUUCUAAAACUAGAAGGAUGCACCAGCUCAACAACAUGUUUGUCGGAGACACCGAAAGUGACAACUGUGAAAAGAGGAACGAGUGCCAGCAUUUUUCUGGACAAUGCUGCUUAUCGGAGCUUCAUAUACAACAAAUUCAAAGCGGUGGACAUGGAAAGCGCGUCUGUGGCACUCAUAUGUCUUCAGCAAAAGGUGCCUUUCAUUGCUAUUAGGGCUCUCUCGGACUUGGCCGGUGGGGGCUUGGCCCAGUCCAAUGAAGCCAACACCUUCACCUCGCUCGCCGCAAAUAAUUCAGCUAAGGUUGUUGUGGAAUUUAUCAAGCUAUUAUCAGCUUGUGAGUUUGGUUACCAAACUCAUCUCAACUCAUCGUUACAA